AUGUAACCAAUACGAACGAACUCUGCUUAUUUUCCAGCUCAAAGAAAGGAAUCAUCACCAAUUUCAAGGAAAAUAUCAUUUCAACAAAAUAACAAUAAGAAUUCCUUUAAAUCUUCUUAUCUUGAAACUUCAGAAUAGUCAUUGAAAAAAAAUAAUAUUUUAGAGUCACUUGGAUUGAAAGAUAAAUGUAUUUUCAUUGAUAUUCUAUUUUAGAAUUGAUUGCAUUAAAAGGCACAUAGUUUUAAUAAAAAGAAGUAGAAAAUAUGUUUAAAUCUCUUAAUAAAUAAGCUAUGAAGAUUUUAGACUUAAAUGGAUUCAAUGAUAUAUGUAUUCUUAUUCUUUAAUGGAUAAUAUAACAUCGUGAAUAUUAAGAUAUACCUACAUAAAUGUAAAAAUAAUAACUAAAUUUGAAUUUUAGAUGUUUGGCUUAUAAUAAUUUAGGUUGUGUUUAUAGAAGAAUGAAUCAAACACAAUUAGCAAUUAAUGCUUUUGAAAAUGCACUUUCAUUAGUCUAAUAAUAUGAUCAAUUAAAAAUGAAAACAAUUACUCAUUUGAAUAUAACAGCAGUGUUGAGUCAAAUGAAUCUGUAUAAUUUUGAAAUUUAAUAUUCCUAAGGCAUGAAAAGGCUUUAAAGGAAGCUAAGAGAGCUAUCUAAUCAGGUUAAUAAGAAUUUGAUUCAAAUUCUAAAGAAACAAUAAGAUAUUUAGCAAUGGCUCAUUAUAAUUAUGCAUAUGAAUUGGAAUCAUUGGAUCAUAUCAAUGAAGCAGUCAAAUAAUAUAAGAGAUCUUUGUAAUUUGUUGCAGAACAUCUAGGUAAUUAGGAUCCAUUAUAUAAAAAAUUAUAUAAUGGACAUUAGUAAGCUAAAUAAAAAUUAAUUGUUCAAAUGAAUGAAUAAUCUCCUAUUCUAUUUAAAAAGAUAUUAUCAUUAAAAAAAUAAUUUGAUGUUCCUACAGAUGAAAGUUUCUAAUAUACAACACCUUAAUAAAGUCCACUUAGUCAAACAAGAAAAUUGAUAUAGAGAAAGAAAAUAAAUGUUAUUGAAAAUGAAACAAUAAAAAAAGAAUACAGUGCUUCAAUAUUAAGAAGAAAGACAGAUAAUGAAAGGAUGGAUACUAAUAGAGAUAAAGUACAAGAUAUUAAGGCUAAAUUAUUAGAAUUAAAUGUAAUAAGUGGAGUGAAAACAAAAUUGAAAACAUAGAUAGAAUAAAUUGAAAUAGAAUAAUGGUCAAAUUCAGAACAUUCAGAUGAGGAUGUUAAAUAAUAAAGAUUAACUGAAAGAUCUCCUUAUAAUAGAGGAUCAAUUUUAAUGAAAAAUAGUGGUAAGGAUCUUAGAUUAAGUUUUUUAAAUAAAUAGAAUUCUUAAAGAAUUUAUUUUGAUAAUUCUUUAAUAGAGAAAGAAAAAUAAAUUAUAAGAGAAGUAGAAGAAUAAAUUUAUAAUACAAAUUAAAUUACUAAAAUAUAAGCAUAAAUUAGAAUGAAAAAAGAGAGAAAGAAAUUUUAUAAUCUUAAAAAAGCUUUUAAAGAUAAGGGAAAUUUAUUAUAGACAGAUGAAUUAAAAUUAAAAAAAUUAUAAAGAUUUUUAAGAAAAAAAUUUGUAGAGAUUAAAUUCUAAGAAAUUAAAAACAAAUUAAUUUAAAUGAAUAAAUUAUAAAAGAAUUAUUAGAAGGAAUAAAAAGCUAUGUAGAAAAUUAUCACUUUUCUUUUAAGAUAUAAAUCAAAAUAAUAAAUAAAAUUCUAAAAAUAUUUGAUUAAAGCAAAGUAAUUUCAAACUAUCAGAUAAGGUUUUUGUAAUCCAAUAAUGAAAGGAGGAAUAUAAAUGGAAGAUUCUUAUAUAUUCACUUUUUCAAUUAUGAAUGAUAAUUCAUUUGUUAGAUUUGCAUUAGCACAUGGAAUGAAAGAAAAAAGAAAGGAAAAUUAUAUAUAUUUAGAAAUGGAUCUAGAAAGUUUUUUAAAAUCUUUAGGAUUAUUAUAUUAAUAUUCUGAUGAAUUGGAGUGUCUCAUAAUUGAAGAAAGUAAAUUAUUAAGGAAUAUAAGAAAUUUAAUGACUCUAACAUAAUAGUUUCUAUAUUUAAAUGAAUUAGAUGGAAAAUAUAUUAUUAGAACAAAAACAGAAACUAAUAUAUAAUUUAGAUUAUAAUUAGAAAAAAUAGGAGCAAUUUUAUAAGAAUUAAUCUUAAUUGAAAAUAAUAAACUAAUAAUUUAAGGCAUUAAUAAUUUUGAUUACAUAGAUGUUAUACCAUAAUAAGAACAAAUUAGAAUUAUUAAACCUCCCUUAUAUAAUAAAUAAUUAACUUAAUAUGAAAAUAAUGCAAUAAAAUUUAUAUAAUCAUUUGUCAGAGGACAUUUAUAAAGAUUAAGAAUGACAAAAUGGGUUAAUAAUAAGACUAAAUAAAUAUUUGAUACUUAUUUAAUUAAAACAAUUAGGAAUUAAUAUUUACAGAUAGUUAAGACAAAAAAUGUUCAUAAUAAGAAACAAUAUGUUUAUAUUAUAAAUCAUGAGACUUAAAAAAAAUCAAAUGAUAUAGAAAUACAAUAAAUUGUAUUUAAACAAAUGGGAAAUAUUAGUAGUGAAAAUAUAUUUGAAAUAUUUAACAUAGAUUUAGUAACACCAUAUAUUGAAUAUAGUGAUGAAGCCUUAUAUUGGAUAAAAAGAGAGGAAGAGUAUUCUCAAAGAGGAGCUAGAGUAUGGGAAUAAAUUACAAAAUCAUAGAUAUGUGUAAUUAUUAUUUAAAGAGCCAUUAUGAGAUAUUUAUUUAAAAGAAGAUGUUAGAUAAGAAAUAUAAUUGAAAGAAAAUAUACAAAUAAUUCAUCUAAAGUUGUUGAAAGAAGUAUGUUGACAAGAAGAGUGAUGAUUUAUAUUGGUGAAAAGGCAUGUUUGACUACAUUUUAUUUAGAUAUUGAGAAAACAGAUCCAAAAUCAUCAUUGAUAGGGAAUAGUGAAUAUUAAAGUAUAACUAUAACAUCUAAGCAUUUGGAACAUGCUUUUUCAAUUGAUAAAAUAUUACCUUAUUAUUAAAGAUUAUUUUAACCAUUAGAAAUUAGUGAAUUAAUAUCAAUUGCAUAAAAAAUGAUAGAAUUCUCUUAAAUUAUUAAAAAUAAGAAAGGUUUUGACAUAGUUGAAUGUAAAAGUGUAGAAUAAACAUAUGGUUAAUUUAUAUCAUUAUCAAAUUCUGAUUACUAAGAUGACAAAAACUAUAGAGAAAAUACAUUAGAAUCAAGAUAAAUUAUAAGUUCUAAUUUAACUUAGAAGUAUUUAUAAUAAUCAAGUAAUAUCGAUAUGGAAUUUCCUGGUAUGUUGAUUAAUCAUUAACUUGAUGAAAAUAAACAAAUGAAUUUCAUAAAAACUCUUUAAUCAUUAUAUAGAGUUCAUAAAUAUAGAAGAAUAAAAAAAGUGAAGUAAAAUAAAUAUGUUGAAGAAUAUGAUGAUACAUCAAUUAAAACAUAUGUAUUAAAUACAUUACCUUGUACUGAAUAUGGAACAAAUCCUGAUUUAUUUAAUUAAUUAUUGAUUGAUUAAAACACUAUUAGUGAUUUGGUAUCUGAAAAUUCUCCAAAAUUUCAAAAAGAAUUUAUUGGAAAAUUUAUUUAAGAAAUAAAUGAAGUUAAAUUCUAAUUAGUUAUAUACUAUAGUAUUGAUGAAUAGACUUUUAUUGUUAAAGCUGAAAAUUAAAUUAAUUAAAAAGUCUCUUAGAUUACAAUUUCAAUGACAUAAUUAUAAAAAUAUUAUUAAAUACCCUAUGAAUAUUUUAAGGUAAAUUUUAAUAAAUUAUUAUUAUCAUGCCUCAAUUUUAAUGAAGAUAAAUUAAUAUUUAAUCUUGAUGAAAUCAAAAUGGAAUAUAUAAUAGAUGACUAUCUGAAUUCAUAAAAAGAUAAUUCAAAUAUCUUAGAAAAAGAUUAAAUUAUUCCUACAAAAUCAGAUUAGGUAUCAUAGGUUUUACACACUGAAAAAGUAACUAUAGGUACAUAUUAAAAAGGUACAUCAACACUCAAUUUUGAAUUCUAAAGAAUACCUAUGAUCUUAAGAAUUAUUAUACAAUUUCAUAAUUAAUGUAUAAGAGUUAUUGAAAUUGAUUCAAAUGAUUUUCAAUCAAAAUAUGUAACUGAAAAUUUACAAACUUUAAGUAAUAUGAGAGUGAUUAAUUUCUUUAAAGGAUUUACACAAACACUUACAAAAGUCUUAAUAAUAAAUGAAAUACAAUAUACUCAUAAUUUUGAAGAUUUGAGACCUGAAAUAUCUUUGCUUUUAAAAGAAAAAUUUGUUUAAAAAAUAUAAGGUAUGAUAUUAGUUAAAAGGAUGGUUGAGAAGUUUAAAAUUUAUAAAUAAUUAAAACGUUCUAAACUUUUUCUUUAAAAAUUUAUUUUAAACUAUUAUUCAACUUAUGUUGAGAUUGAUUACUUUUUAAUAAAACAUCAUUAUAAUUUAUAAUUUACAAUGAGAGAGUUGACUUUUAUAACUCAUUAUGGUAGGAUUAUUGAGAAAGGCAAGGUUUAGCAUUGUAAAAGAAGAUUUAGAGAAAAAUAAUUUAUAAUUAAUUUAGUAGAGUUAUAAUAAGAAAGAGAGAUUAUAUAUCAAUCUUUGCAUAAAAGAUAAGAUCAAAUAGAUUUCUAAAGAAUUGAUUUUAUUUAAUUAUCAUAAUAUGAUAAGAUGAAAACUAUAGAAUAUUAUAGAGCAUUAAUAAAUCCUCUAAUUUAAUUGAUUCAAAAAAAUAUGCACAUAAAUUUCAAUAAAUUUGAUAUUUCUAUUGAAAUUCCAAUCACUUUUUCUGAAAGGAAUAUUUAAAAAAAAAGAAAAAGAAAAUUUUAAAAUGAAUCAAAAUAUUAAAUGUUUACAGUAUGUAUUUUGACAGCAUAAGCAGCAUUUAGAAGAAAAUUAUUUAAAGAUUGGAUUCAUUUGAAAGUUUUAAGAAAAAGAUAGUUGCAAGAAAAAAAUAGAUAUUUUACAGGAGAAUUUGUAAUGAGAACUUAUAAACUAAUUUAGGAAGAUCAUAUUUAAAAUUAUUAUAUUGUAAAUGUGUACAAAUAAAAUGGAAAAAUUGAAGAUUAAAUUUAACUUACUUUUGAAUUAAUUCCAGUUAAGAAAUAACAUAGAUAUAAUAAAUUUAGAACAACAUGUUUUUAUGAUAAUUCUUAAUUAAUACAUUUUGGAUAAUAAAACUUAUUUGAGUUCUUUAUAAAUAAAAUUAGAAUCGAAGAAAAAAUAAUUAAAUUUGAUGAAAAUAAGUUUUUAACAUUUGUUGAAAAUUAAUAAUUUGAUGAAUCUAAAUUAAUUAUUCAAAAGAAUGAAGAAGAAUUAUUGAAUAAUGGUAAAUUAAUUGCUAAAGAUUAAUAAGAAAUACUCAUAGAUUAAGACAGAACUAGUGAUGCUGUUGUCAAUAUAGUUUAUACUAAUUCAAAAGAUGCAAUUAAUAAAAAAUAAGAAGAGGAUGUUUAAGAAAAUAUAACUAAACUAUAAAUUGAUUUAUAGGAAGUUAAAAAAUUGUAUCCAAGCUUUAAUUUUAAUAAUCCUAACACUAUGAAAAUUCUAAGUUCUAAUCUAAUAAAAGGAGUCAAAGUAGAUCAAAAUUCUGGGAAUUUACUUAUUGAUAAAAGUAGGAUUUAAUCUUCUUUCAUAAAUCCUAUAAAUUUAUCAAAAAAUAAAUAAGAAUCUUAAUAUAAUAUUCCUGAAUUUUUUAAGAAAAUAAGAUUAACAUAAAGACCUCAUUCUAAUAAUGUAUUGGCUAAAAGAACAUUUUACACUUAAGGUAAGAAACACUUAGUUGUAAUAAAUUUUGUUAGAAAUAAAAUUAAUAAAUUAUUAUUUCAGGAUAGAGAUUCUGUAUUUGAUGAUCAUUAAAGAAUUUUUGAGAUAAAAGCACAACUUUUGAAUUUAAAAGAAAGAUCAUAACCAAUAUACUGGUAUCUGACUCCUGAUGACGCAUAAAUUCUAACUCAUCAAUCUACUAUAGAAAAUAUGGCAAAUAUUUUAAUAUAAUAAAUUUAGAUAGUAAAUUAAAAAUUCAUUUAUUUAUGCUUUGAUUAUUAAGACUAAUAAUUGAUGAAGUUAAAAUAAGAAAGUAAUGUAGUCUUUUUUGUUGAAAAUUCAAUCAAGCCAAUGUAAUUGAAGUUUAGAAAUAGAAUUUUGAAAAAACAUUAUAAAGAAUACAAAAUUACAUUGAAUUAAGCAAAAUAGGAUGGAAGUUUGAUUUUGCAUUAGGUUGGUAAUAUGAAUACUUAGAAAAAAUUGUUUAUUUAACUAUUUAUUGAAGGUAGAGAUUAAUUUAUCAUUUUAAAAACUUAUGAAGUAAGUGAUCAAAUGUAAGAAUUUGGGACUGAAAUAUCAAUUAAGAAAGUAAUUAUAUGAGAUAUAUUUAUAGUAUAUGAGUAUUUAUUUAUAGGAUAAAGUAAAGUGUAUAGAAGUUCUAAAAACAUUUUUUGAAUUUAAAAUUGAAAUUAAUAAAAUCUAAUUUUUACAUCCAAAACCUGAUAUGGUGGAAGAUUACUUAUUAAAAUAAAGGUAAUUAUCAUUUCAUAGUUCUUCUGAAUCAGUAAGAAAAUCAAUUGGAUAAAAAAUAGAAAGUAUUGAUUAGCAAUAGGAAAAUGAAAACAAAAUGCAAAAAUAAUUAGAUGGAUUUCAAUGA